AUAAGAAAAACCAAUUGAUAAAAAGAAACGCACAUACGGGACAGUCAGUGAGUAAAAAAUAUAAACACAGGGACAACAAAAAAUAGUUCCCGUUUUAUCGACAAUAUCAAGGGCUUUAAACCAUUUUCGGAACCUUUUUGGAGUUUCUUCUUCUGAGUUUAGUGCAACAUUUUCAACAAGGCGAGCUAGCAUCAACUGGAGUGUUGGCUUAGAGAAACGAGUCGGGACCUAGCUAUGGAGCAGAAUAACAAAUGUCCACUCCACUGCAGACACUAGCUCUGGCUUUAGCGAGCGUAGUUCACUCGGGACCGUAGCUUGCUAAUAAUAUUUUAAUAUUCCCACUAUUUGGACUACCGUUUUCAGAUAUUGCUGUAGCGUUAGCCCCCGGAGUCGUUGUUCCUGAUUCCCUGCUCUGCUUGUGAUGUCGUGGCAGUAGCCUGUCUUUUGGUCUGUGUAAUCCGUGCAGGGACCAACGUUAUGCAUGGAAAACACGGAUGCUACUCUUUUUACAUUGUUAAAGUCGCUUCAAGGAACCAGAGGAGACUCUUCGUAACGAUCUCCACUGAGCCAGGGAAAGCCAGCGGACCUCACUUCACGACGACUUGCCCAGGUGUUGGACAGGUGAGCGGCUGAACAUGGAAGAUGAGGUGUUUGACCAGAUCGUGUUGGUGUUCCACAACCUGGUGUCGUGGGUCGCUGCCGGUGCCAUGGUGUUCGGGGGGGUGGUGCCCUACAUCCCGCAGUACAGAGACAUCCGCCGGACCCAGAAUGCAGAGGGCUUCUCCACAUAUGUGUGCCUGGUCCUCCUGGUGGCCAACAUCUUACGGAUACUCUUUAGAUUCGGCCGCUACUUCGAGACUCUGCUGCUGUGGCAGAGCAUCAUCAUGAUCGCCACCAUGCUCAUCAUGCUGAGCCUGUGCACCGACGUCCGCACGGCUACCGAACUCAACACAAAGAGACGCUCCUUCAUAGCAACAGACAGUAAGGACGAGGAGAUCAGAAUCCCUAAGAGGCUCUUUCUGGACUUUGACUGGAGCUACUUCUGGUUGUGGAGUCGCUUUGUGGACUACAUGCAGUGUGUGCUGGCCUUCACGCUGAUGGCAGCCUACAUCACCUACCUCUUCCUGGACUCCGCGCUGUUCGUGGAGACCCUGGGCUUCCUGGCCGUCUUCUCUGAAGCCAUGCUGGGCACACCGCAGCUCUACUGCAAUUAUCAGAAUAAGUCCACGGAGGGCAUGAGUAUCAAGAUGGUGCUGAUGUGGACCAGCGGCGACACCUUUAAAACGGGCUACUUUCUGCUCACCAAGGCUCCGGUGCAGUUCUGGACGUGUGGCCUGCUCCAGGUCUUGGUGGACUUCACCAUCCUGUUCCAGGUUUACUACUACAGCCGCUACCCACAGAAACCAGUGUCCCACACAGUCUCCCACACCACCAGUGCCAAAGCCCUCUGAAAGCCUCCGCAAGCUCUCUGAGGACACCGAUGAGGAAGGUGCUGUGGACAUAUGUAACAAGACACGAGUACCGAUGGACCUCGAGGUGACGCAGGCUGCUCACCUUCACUCCUCAGUACACAUAAAGACACACACACACACACCCAUGAAUAAGGCAACAACAUACACAGACACUCGGUGGUUUUGGUGUCUACAGUUACACUUGACAGACACUUGUUACAAACAAACUAAUUUAUCCUUCUGACUUGUCCUCCAUGCAACUGUAUGCUUUUGUCUUAGAAUGUGGACUUCACAAAGAAUAUAUCCUUGUAUGUGGAGAAUAUUAUGCACAUACAUGAGUGUAUACAGUAAAAAAACGAAGCUAUACAGCAUGCACUGAAAGCCAUGCUUAAGGAGACAUGGACCAGCUGCUAUUGUCCACAUUAGAUGAUGAUUGUUGCAUGGACCCUCUGCCUUAAAACACACCCAUUCAAACAUGGCUUGCUGCAUCACAAGCGAUAUGCAUGUAUGAGUCAAUCAAAAGGGGGAAAAAGAAAUGCUAAUAUACAAUAUUACUGAAUGUGCAAAAGGACAUAUGUACAAUAUGUAUUGUCCUCCCAACUCUGGUCAGUCUACCACUUGUUGGACAGAUAACUGAGGAACGGAAUUGGAAGAAAGUCGAGGCAAUCAGACGUUUUCUUACAACAAGAUGAAUCCCAAAUAGUUGAAGAUGCAACGUAUUGGCUUUUAUAAAAUCAAAGGAUUAUAAUACAUUAGUGGCCUUGAUGGUAACAGAGCAAUGAGAAAGUCAGAGCUUUGUAAAAAAAUAAUAAAUA